AUGACAAUAAUCAAACAAUUGUCGACUGCCCUAACACUAAGCACAUUAGUACUUGGUGCAGCCAUCUAUCCUAGGGCCGAUGAGUCUACAAGUAUCAAACCAGCUUGUGACAAAGCAGAUGCGUUAGUUCCAUCUUUCCAAAAUUCAAUUGAAAAAAUAUUAUUCGACUCCGAAUAUAAGGAUGCUUCAAUCGAAAGAUUAAGUGGUGCCGUUCAGAUCCCUACAGUGGUAGAUGAUGACCCUCCUAAUCCUCAGGAUGAUAUGGGCUAUUAUUCUAACUUCACCACUCUACACACUUACCUAAACGAAACAUUUCCGUUACUCCAUAAAACUUUAAAAGUAGAGUUUAUUAACACUUUUGGUCUGUUAUAUACCUGGGAAGGUGCUGAUACAUCCUUAAAGCCUAUGCUAUUUACGGCUCAUCAAGAUGUGGUUCCAGUCAAUAAUAAUACUAUUGAUGACUGGACAUUCCCUCCUUUCUCUGGUCAUUAUGACAAUCAGACCGACUCACUAUGGGGUAGAGGUUCCUUUGAUGUAAAGAACCUAAUGAUUGCUCACAUGGAAGCAGUGGAAAAAUUAUUAGAAGAUGGCUACCAGACCGAUCGUACCGUACUAUUAUCUUAUGGAUUUGAUGAAGAAGCUGGUGGUACGUGGGGUGCUAAAUAUAUUGCUAAUAUCAUUGAGGAGAAAUACGGGCAAGAUGGUGUCAUGGUUAUGUUUGAUGAGGGUCCAGGUUUAGUUAAACUAGACAACACCACCUACAUUGCUGCUAUUCCUAAUGCAGAAAAGGGUUACUUAGAUGCUGUGGUUACGGUUAAUGGUGUUGGUGGUCAUUCUUCUUCCCCACCCGCUCAUACUACAAUAGGUGUCGCUGCUUCUAUGAUAACUUCAUUGGAAGAUAAUCCAGCUUUGUUUGACUUUAACGUACAAAACCCAUUGUAUGGCUUUAUGACAUGUGCUGCCGAAUAUUCUUCUUUACUUCCAACAUCUAUCAAAGAAAUGGUUUUGGGCGCAGCAACUAAUGAAACUUUAGAAAACUUAUUGGGGCAAACUUUGUACAAUACAGAACUAACUAAAAACUAUAUUACAACUACUCAGGCCGUAGAUAUAAUUAAUGGUGGUGUUAAAGCAAAUGCCUUACCUGAAACCACCGAAUUCACAGUUAACCAUAGAGUUGCUUAUGGAUCAUCCGUUGAUGAAACUAAACAAAGAAUUUUCAAUUACGCAAACAUCACUGCCACUUCAUUUGGUUAUGGUCUAAUAGUUGAAGGGGAACAAAUUAUCAACACCACUAGUCUUGGUUAUAUUAGGGUUGACUAUACACAAUUCUUAGAGCCAUCUCCAGUCUCUGCUUCAAAUGGCCCAACUUGGGAUCUACUUACAGGUACCAUUCAAAAUCUAUUUGUCAAUGAUGUUUGGGGUCCACAAGGGUUGGACAACAACGUAUACAGUGCAAGUGCAAUUGUUACCACUAACACCGAUUCUAAACAUUAUUGGAAUGUAACUGAUACUAUCUAUAGAUUUAUCGGUGCAGUCACCGAUCCUUCUAUCUUGGAGACUGUUCAUAGUGUCGAUGAACAUGUUAUAAUGGAUAACCAUCUCCAAAGUGUCGCGUUCUUCUAUGAAUUUAUCGUAAAUACCAAUGAUCAUGGUCAAGAUAUCGAAUAG